GUAUGGACCGCCUGAACGACGGUCAUGCACUCUCCUUGUUGGCCUGCGCUUUCACCCGUACUGCAAGGGAAGACGGCGAAGCAGCAGGUGACAAGCCUUUUGCAGAGGAUUGGCUGCAACCGCUGUUCCUGCCGGAGGCAGCUGUUGGCGGCGAGAUCUCCAAUCGAGCAUUUGUUGAAGUUCUGCUGGAGCAGUGUGAGCGACAUAUCUUCUCCUUCAAGGGUUCUGAUGUUCUUCACCUAUGCCUCGCCUUGGCCAAUCUCGUCCGUACCGGCAAUGAAGAUGCAAUUGCGCCCCGCCUCAUUCCACGACUCGCCAAGCGCCUCGAGGCGCUGUACUACGAGCUGGUGCCGGGGCAAUUCGUUCGCUUCCUGGAGCUUUUCCCUUUUCUGCCUGAGGUGGAG